AUUUCCAUUUGGACACCGCAUGACGACAGCAAGUAACAGUGUCGCGGCCAAGUUUCCCUCGCAAGCCAAGGAAGUCGGAGAGACUACAGAGGUGUCCAGGCCUAGAAGCAAACCGAUCGCGGGUUUUGUGUCGACCUCCGUCUUGUCCUCGUCCGAUGGGUUGUUUGGAGAUAAUGUGGAGGAAGUUCGCAUCACGGAUCGACCUGAAAGCUCCGCGGACAAGGUAGACUACCGUCCGCUCUAUGAGCGGUUAAAGGAGCAGAAAAACGCGCGCGAUGCUGACUGGAAGGAGAAGAACAACCCUUUUGCACCACCCAAGGGCCUCGACGACGAAGAGAUCGACUUUUUGCACACUUUGGAGUCCGACCAGAAGAAAAUCCAAGACGAAAUCUCACGCCACCAUGAGGAAGAGUUGGCACAUUUUGCCCUGUUAAAGCGAGAGAUCAACCAAUCCAAGAAACCACCCGCCGCGAAUUCGGUGCCGAUUGCCGCUGCAUCCGUGAACAGGACCGAAUUGCCCUUGGAAAAGAAAAGCAUCAAGGUUGCCGCCAGGGCGAAAGUGAAGAAGUCCAAGCAAGGUGGCCAUGACAGUCAAGGUACUUCGAAGAAACAGAAGACCGCCGCGCCGGUGGCGAGUCUCGUGGCGGCGUACAGCGAUGACGACGACAACUGCAGCUCGGACACUUGAAUUUAUUUGAAACUUGACAUCAGUGUUCCCAA